GGAACACCUCCGAAGACUAUUUAAGAAUCCUACAGAAUGUCCCGACCAAGACAGCUGCUGCGUACAUGAGAGUGUCCAAUCCAGUAAACAGUUCGAAACUGAGCUUGGUCGAGAAGGGUAUUUGUGAAGACAUCCAGUGCAAGAGCGAAGAGCUGGUGAUAAGGAAACAAGGUGUCUACCUGAUCUAUUGCCACUUGAACUUUCAUUUUCCCAACUGUUCGAACAGCCCCACCGACCUCAAGAUAGAGCUCCUUGUAAAUGACAAAGUCAACAGGCAAACAUUGUCCACCUGGUGCGCAUCAGAAACGUGCCAAGAAAAGACUUUUAAGAACUUGUUACAGCUCCACUUGACUUACCUGAACGUGAAGGACCGAAUAUCAGUAACACUUAAUCAUCCUAAAUUCUUGAAUGAAAUUUCUCUUCCUAAUGAAAACGUUCUUGGGGUCUUGAGGUACAGUGAUGAAAUGUGA